UUCAGAAGCUCUAAUUCUUGGAGAAAAUUCUCUACUCACCAGUGUUAUAUUGUGGACUCAACUUUCUGAAUUAGAUGGCAGUUUUCGGAUUUACCCUCGGUGCCUGCAUUCUUCUAUUGCACAUUAGUUUUGUGACUUGUUAUCCCGAUGGAAAAGUAACAGGGUCAUGCGAUGGAAUGGUGCCUACACAUGGGCAUUCUCCACUCCCUGAUCCCAUUCACAAAAUUUCAGUGAAUCAAGUGACAUUCAGACCAGGAGAUCAGAUCGAAGUUAUUUUGUCAGGGCCCUCAUUUAAGGGCUUUCUCAUAGAAGCACGGAAUGCCGAGGAUUUGAAUGGUCCCCCUGUUGGCUCUUUCACAUUGAUUGACAGUCAAGAAUCACAGCUGUUGGAUUGUGAAGACAUACAGGGAUCAGCUGUGAGUCACACAAGGUCAUCCAAGAAAACAGAAAUUAAAGUUUAUUGGAAUGCUCCAACCAAUGCCCCAAAUCACAUACAGUUUUUAGCCACAGUUGUUGAGAAGUAUAAAGUCUACUGGGUGAAGAUUCCUAGUCCUGUACUGUCGCAGCCAAAUGUACUUCCUUUAACAACCCCUGUAACUACGACAGCACCUUCGUCAACAUCGGCUCCAGUCUCCCAUUUAACUAAAUCAUUCAAUGCUUCCGAUUGUGGGAAGACGAAGUUCUGCAUCAGGAGUCCCUUGAGCUGUGACCCAGAGAAGGACCAUGAUUGCUUCUUCUUGUCCUUCAUGAGAAAUGACCAAUCAGUGAUGAUUGAAAUGAGUGGUCCCAGUGAAGGCUACUUAUCCUUCGCAUUUUCUCAUGACCAAUGGAUGGGUGAUGAUGAUGCGUACGUGUGUAUUCGUGAGGAUCAGACUGUGCAUCUAAAACCUUCCCAUUUGACAGGGCGAAGCCACCCAGUAAUAGACUCAGAGGAUACUCUUGAGGAUAUGGCUUGGAGGUUGGCGGAUGGUGUUAUGCAGUGUUCCUUCAGGAGAAACAUUACCCUUCCUGGUUUUAACAAUAGAUUUGAUCUAAAUGCAAGCUACUACAUAUUUCUAGCAGAUGGUGCUACUGUUGAUGGUCAGAUUUUAAAGCAUUCCAAGCAACCUUUGAUCACAUAUGGAAAAUACAAUGUGAUGGAUUAUCCAAAGAACAUUGGUGGAUCUCAUUCUUUACUCCUUCUGAAGGCUCAUGGUGCCUUAAUGUUUGUGGCAUGGAUGACGACUGUUAGCAUAGGUGUACUUACUGCCCGGUUUUUCAAACCUGUUUGGUCAAAUGUUAUCUUUGGGCAAGCAGUUUGGUUUCAGGUACAUCGACUGCUGAUGCUCACCACAUCUGUACUCACCUGCAUUGCCUUCAUUCUGCCUUUUAUUUACAGGGGAGGAUGGAGUUGGCAUGCAGGCUAUCACCCAUAUCUUGGCUGCGUAGUGAUGAUUUUAGCAGUUCUUCAGCCUCUCCUGGCAGCCUUCAGACCAACUUUGCAUCACCCAAGAAGGCAAGUGUUUAACUGGACUCAUUGGAGUAUUGGAACAGCUGCUCGAAUAAUAGCAGUGACAGCAAUAUUCCUGGGAAUGGAUUUACCAGGAUUGCAUCUCCCUGACCCUCAGAAGAUCUAUGCAAUGAUUGGAUUUGUAGCCUGGCAUGUUGUGAUUGAGAUUAUUUUAGAGAUACAUGGUUACCGACACUCUCAAAAAGCUGAAAUAUUGGAUGAUACCAGAAUUCAGAUUAUUCAGCCAUUUACUAUAGCUGAAGCAGAAGGUCAUACCUUUAAAAAGGUAGUAUUAGUGAUUUAUAUCUGUGGGAAUGUGAUUUUUCUCAUCAUAUUCUUAUCUGCAAUCAACCAUCUAUGAGGAGGUAAAGGCUUUGAGUUUUGAAGACCAGCUGAUAAAUAUUCUGGAACCAAAGAAACACCAAACCUUUAAGAACUGCUUGGAGCAGAUUUUCAAAUUCUAAUUUGGAAGAGGCCCAGGUGAGGUUCAUAGAGGAAUUGUGAAGACUGUUCUUUAGAAAUCAACAUUCUGCAGGACCUGAUGAACUAUAAAAUAAUAUCCAGCUCUAUGUACAGUUUGGUCUUGAAG